UAUUCCGCGAAUGUGCGAGCUGCUCCCUUGCAAGCAGCCAUAAUUGGGAUUAUUCAAAAAAUAAUUCGCUAAAUCUAGCCAUUAUUAUGUUUGAUUUUAUCCAGAUUUCGGGAGGGUUCCUCAGACAGAACUGCAAUUGACCAUUCUGGAUUUCGUGUGAAUUCUUUAUAUUUUCGGUGAUGGAGAUUUUUAUUAUGGACUAUUAAGCUUUUGUCUCCCUUCGCUGUGGAGAGCAAAACAAAGACUGCACAUUACUGUUCCGCGUACAUCAACUGCCUUCGAUGUGAAAUAUGAAAAAGCAGGCAUUGACCGAGGACAUUGUGUCUCUAAACGAAUUGUUCUCUUGUCAUUAGUCUACCAGGACGAUAUCCACGAAGAGGAUGCGCGAUCUUUUUUCAUAACGUUGGUGGGUGGGUUAUAAUAAGCAUUGAAAAUCUGACAUCAUUUGGAUAUAUGAACAAAACAUUUUUUCCCCCGCGUAUGUUCCAGUCAUCGUCGGUUUUAUUUGUGAUCUGGAUAUCCAUCUUCGACGUGAUGCUACAUGAAAUCGCCUUUUAUUAUCAUCAGAGGAUGUUACACGGGGACAAAAUCCAGAACACAUCCUCCUCCUUCGCUAUCUGAAACCGAGAAAAGGGAGGCUGUGAAUAUUGGUCUACCUUCACAGAGACCCCACAGCAUCCAUAACCUAGAUAUCUCUGUUUGGUGAUCAGCUGUGGAUGAUCAGAUAUCCCUGUAAUGCGUUAGGUUUAGUAUAGCCCUGUGCCGUGGAGGAGGAUUUAUGGAUAACAGGUGUUGUUUUGGCUUGACAGCACACCGAGAGCAUGAGGCUGAAACACAGCUUUUCUCCUAACUCGAACAACAUCGGACCGAGGCGUUGGGGAUCAUUUGUUACUGUUUAGAACCGUUCAUUUGACCAAAUAAAGGGAUGAGAGGUGGUGAGGUCCUGGCCGUAGAGGAACCAUGAGCCUGGUCUUAGAGUAGCUCCUCUCAGCCCCACCUUGCGAGACGAGAGAGCGAGAGCCUUGGGAGAGCCACCAGCGGCAGUAGGAGGAGUGGUGGUGUUUAACAGGGGCUCUUCCUCGCCACCGCAGCUCCGGUGGUGUAUCGGGUCACCAUGGCUAACCAGAGCUUCGCCAUCGACGGCCCUGGUAGCCUUCUGGCGGUGUUGGCCUCGCAGAGCCAGGCCAAAGGAGGCGGCAGCACUGGCGGCGGCGGCGGCGGCGGCGGCGGCGGCGGCGGCGGCGGUGGAGGGAUCUCGGCCUCGGACGUCUCCGCUUACUUUAAGCUGAUCUUCCUGGGGUUGAUCAUCUGCGUCAGCCUGGCGGGGAACCUGCUGGUGUCACUGCUGGUCCUGCGCGACCGGGCGCUGCACAAGGCCCCCUACUUCUUCCUGCUGGACCUGUGCCUGGCCGACGCCGUCCGCUCCGCCGCCUGCUUCCCCUUCGUCCUGGUGUCGGUCCACAACAGCUCCGCCUGGACCUACAGUGCCUUGAGUUGUAAAGUGGUGGCGUUCAUGGCCGUGUUGUUCUGCUUUCACGCCGCCUUCAUGCUGUUCUGUGUGGCCGUCACCCGCUACCUGGCCAUCGCCCACCACCGCUUCUAUGCCAAGCGCAUGACCAUCUGGACCUGUGCGGCCAUCAUUUGUAUGGUCUGGACACUGGCCAUCGCCAUGGCUUUCCCGCCCGUGUUCGACGUGGGGACGUACAAGUUCAUCCAGGACGAGGACCAGUGCAUCUUUGAGCACCGCUACCUGAAGACCAACGACACGCUGGGCUUCAUGCUCAUGCUGGCCGUGGUGGUGCUGGCCACCCACGGCUUCUACGCCAAGCUGCUGCUCUUUGAGUAUCGGCACCGCAAGAUGAAACCCGUUCAGCUGGUGCCAGCCAUCAGCCAGAACUGGACCUUCCACGGUCCCGGGGCCACCGGCCAGGCCGCAGCCAACUGGAUCGCCGGGUUCGGCAGGGGCCCCAUGCCGCCCACUCUGCUUGGCAUCAGGCAGAAUUUACACAAUCAACACCGACGCCUGCUGGGGAUGGAGGAGGUGAGGUCAGAGAGGAGGCUGGGCAGGAUGUUCUACACCAUCACCUUGCUGUUCCUGGUGCUCUGGGCUCCCUACAUCGUGGCCUGCUUUUGGAGGGUGUUUGUCACGUCCUGGGCCAUCCCACACAGGUACCUCUCCAUCACCGUGUGGAUGAGCUUCGCCCAGGCCGGCGUCAACCCCAUCUUCUGCAUCCUGCUCAACGAGGACCUGAGGAAGGUGCUGAGAGCGAACCUGCCCACCUAUUGGAGGACUAAACAAAACCUGCCUCAGGAUGAGGCCUACUGCAUCAUGUGAUGCGGCCUACCGCAUCAUGUGAUGAGGCCUACCGCAUCAUGUGAUGAGUUCUACCUCAUCGUGUGAUGAAGUCUACUGUAUCAUGUGAUGAGUUCUACCACAUCAUGUGAUGAGGUCUACUGCAUCAUGUGAUGAGUUCUACCUUAUCAUGUGAUGAGUUCUACCUCAUCGUGUGAUGAAGUCUACUGUAUCAUGUGAUAGUUCUACCACAUCAUGUGAUGUGGUCUACUGCAUCAUGUGAUGAGUUCUACCUUAUCAUGUGAUGAGUUCUACCUCAUCGUGUGAUGAAGUCUACUGUAUCAUGUGAUGAGUUCUACCUUAUCAUGUGAUGAGGUCUACUAUAUCAUGUGAUGAGGCCAACUACACCAUGUGAUGAGUUCUACUGCAUCAUGUGAGGAGGUCUACUGCAUCAAGUGAGGAGGUCUACUGCGUCAUGUGAUGAGUUCUACUGCCUCAUGCGAUGAGUUCUACUGCAUCAUGUGAGGAGGUCUACUGCAUCAUGUGAUGAGGGGACGGCAAGGCGUAUAUCCAAGAUCAAAUACAUCAAUAACAAAAUAAUAAUUCACGAAGAUAAACUACAUUAACCAAAAAAAAGUCAAAGUGUACGAGUUAAGUUAUAGUAUAAUUUAUGUUUGAGAGGAGCCCGGGCAGUAAACGAUGCACCUUGAUAAGUGUCCACGUCUGUGUUCUUUAUUUUGAUUAAGAGUGCUGAGAUUUCACUGAAAUUACCUGACAAGAUUGUGUUUGAGAAACGAGCAGAGAGGGAAACAGAAAAAAAUAAAUGAGUAAAUUGGGUUUCACAGACUGUAUGACAAAUGUGUGAAAGAUCAAUGAAAAAACAAUCAUCAAUACCAAGCCAGUAUGACAGACACCAUUUAAUAUAAUGUUGCCUUAUUUCAGAGGGUCAUGUUGUAUAGUUAGGCGUCUUUGGGGGCCUGAGCCUGAAGAGAUACACAGCGGACUGAAAAUCUUUCAAUUAAUGUGUCAACGGACUUUCAAUGGAGAAUGUUCUUUUAAUGUGGUUCCAGACGGGGAAACACAACACACAAUAACACAGAAUUACGAAUGGAUUCUUUAAUAUUAACCCUAACGCCUUUUUCAUAGGUUUCAGAGGAAACUGCAAAACAUGAAGUGGAAAAGACAUUCUUGGAACCAUUUGCGAAGCGGUUAUGCGCCCAAAGCCCUAACAUGCUUGAUGUUUUUGGACUUCAUUCGGGACUGUCAGGAUUAUUUGUACUAUAAAAAAAUGCCUGUUUUCCUUUGUUUGUAAACUAUACAUGUUGAGCAGAUGACACUAUUUUGAAAUAUGACUUGAUUUAAUAUUGUACAGACUGUAGGGAUUAAUAUAUUUCGGCUCUUUUUUCUAUGAUAUUUGUGUGUGUGUGUGUGUGUGUGUGUGUGUGUGUGUGUGUGUGUGUGUGUGUGUGUGUGUGUGUGUGUGUGUGAUGGAGAGAAAUAGCAUAGUGAGUGUAAGUGUGAAAGAGUAAAGUGAAAAGAAGGGAAAGAAAGAGUGAGAGAAAGAUUGAAAGGGAUUGAAAGAGAUGAAGGUAAAAUACUGAAGAUUGACCAAAUGGUUCUAUAAAAUGCCAUUUUUAUAGUAAAUUUAUUUUGUUGGCCUAAAGAUACCAGUCUUUUCCAAAAAACAUCCUCUAGUUAUUGCAUCCUUGCAAUUGCUGCAACGGACGAUAUGGUAUGUAUUUUGGGAUUUAAUCAGAAAACAUUGUAUAAAUGAAUGAUUGUGAGCAGAGAAAAUGUAAUAAACCAACCUGCACAUUCUAAGAAAAGGUCACUAAUUUAAAUGCGACUUUGAUAAUGACGUGACGUUUUCUUUAAAUAUUGCUAAAUAAUUAAAAUUGAUUUUUUUUGGUUGCAAAAGAUCCCCCUCAAAUUAGGAUAUUUAAACAGUGCCAGGUUUCAUGACGGCCAUAUCUCUCGAUGGCUACUAUAUUUGUCUUUAAUUCAUGAUUACAGUUCAUUCCAAAUAUAUAUUUGGGAAAUGCUUUUAAGAUUUUGGUUGGGUGCACCGAAACAGGCUUUGGCCAAGUUGGCUCUCCAAGUGAAGAUUUAUGUAAUGAAAAUGUCUGACCCAUGUUGGGCAUACAUGCAUAUUUGUGCAGUAGGAUUUCUUAAUGUGUACACUUGCACAACAUACUGUAUUAGCAUGCAUUUAACUGCAUUUCAUAGAUCUGAGAAUGGAGAUCAAACUGUAUAGCUGUUGGAAAGGCUUGGAAGUUCGAAGUGAAAUGAGGUCCAUUGUUUUUGUGUCUGGCAAUUCCUUCGCAAGACAAUAUUAUGUAUCUGUACAGUUAAACUGAGUAGGUUAUUUUGCCCACUCAUUAAUAAAGACUCUACUUUUGAUGCUUU